UUUGGUGGUGCCUUGAUAUUGUUAUCAGGUGAUUUUCGACAAACAUUGCCAGUUUUUCCUCGAUCAACUCCUGCCGAUGAAAUAAAUGCAUGUCUGAAAUCUUCUGCUCUCUGGAGAUUUGUGAAAAAAUUGACGUUGAAUGUCAAUAUGCGUGUCCUAUUACAAGACGAUUCAUCUGCACAUCAGUUUUCGGAACAAUUGUUGGAUAUCGGAAAUGGAAAAAUGCAAAUCGACAAUACAAAUGGAAUGAUCACCUUGCCCGAAAAUUUUUGUACAAUUUUGCAAACAAAAGAAGAAUUGGUCGAAUGCGUUUUCCCAAAUAUCAUUCAGAAUCACAGAAGCCAUGAUUGGUUAGCAGAACGUUCAAUAUUGGCACCGAAGAAUAUACACGUCAAUGCAAUGAACUUCCAAAUUCAAGAAAAAUUGCCAGGUGAAGUCAUAACUUAUAAAUCCAUUGACAGCGUUAUGGAUGAAGAUGAAGCUGUGAAUUAUCCAAUUGAAUUUCUGAAUUCAUUGGAACCACCUGGUACACCGCCACAUCUUUUGAAUUUAAAGGUUGGUUCACCAAUCAUAUUACUACGGAAUAUCAAUCCUCCAAAAAUGUGUAAUGGUACACGACUGGCAAUAAAGAAGCUAAUGCCAAAUUUGAUUGAAGCAACUAUACUCAAUGGCAAAGCGAAAGGCGAAAAUGUGCUUAUACCACGUAUUCCAAUGAUUCCAACAGACAUGCCAUUCAAUUUCAAAUUCGCCAUGACUAUAAACAAAGGACAAACAUUUCAAAUAUGCGGAGUAAAUUUGGAAGAAUCGUGUUUUUCACAUGGACAAUUAUAUGUUGCAUGUUCGAGAGUCGGUACUGCACAUCGUUUAUUCAUUCAUGCACCGGACAGUAAAACUAAGAACGUUGUUUAUCAAAAUGUUUUAGAUUAGAACUCGAAUUUUUGAGAUUUACAAUUUAUUAUAUACGCUUAUGUAAAAAUAAGAGGAAACUGAAGAAUAAAUACUUUCAAUGUUUGAAGAGUA